AUGCUCAGACUUCAACAGUUAGGUCACCGGGCCUGUGCCCGCAACAUGGCACACACUCACUGGCCCACGGUAAUGAGACCCUCGUUGAAUAACAUCCCACGAAGAAAUUAUGUAAUUGUGCACCGCGACUUGCAAAAAGCCAAAAAGGAACCACGCGUCAAGUACAUCUUGUACAUGGUCGCGAUCUCAUGGGUGGCAAUCUGGUUCGUGCUGGGCCAAGUCGACAAGAAAAAGCCCAAGCAGUACAUGACGGAGCGCGAGUUCAAGGAGUACGAAGAAAGCACGGGAAUCAAAAGACGGCACAAGUUGAUUGGACCGGAUAAGGCUUCCAAGUACCGCUUUUUUGUCAUUCCGUACAUUUACAACGAUGAGCAGUUGAGCAAAGUUGCCGAGUCGGUGAGCCAAAUCGAUCCCGAUAGGCAGACCAAGGUGAUUGACCCCGUCAAGUUGAUUGCGCAGGAGAAGGAAGAUGAUGGCGCGAGGUAUUCGGCAUUGUUGCAUGACUUGGACGCGGCUCGCAAGCCGUAUCCUCCAGGGUUGGUCACUGCCAUCAUUAAGGAACACAUCAGGCUUUUGAUGAACACCAGAGAAGGAACUUUCGACACUAAUUACAUCAUUAUAAACUACCCGCAGACCACUAGCGAAGCUAUCAAAUUUGAAAACGAUGUCGCUGACGUUUCAAAGUGUCUCAUUAUGCACUUUGAUAUUUUGAACGAGUUGCCCAAGCAUAAGAAUGAUGAACAGGUGAGAAGCAUAAAGAAUGUCGAGGGGUACUUUGACUCUGUGGGCAAGUCGCAGACUUUGGUGUCCAAGUUUGAUAUCAUGGAUCAAAAGUUUGAGGAAAUUAUGCUUGGAGAUCUAUAG